AUGGCAGGUAAUAACUCGUCAUCUUGGAACAAUCAGCUAGACUUUUACACUUGCUCCGAAGAUGUUUCUUGCGUCGUGAAAACUAGCGUUGUAAGCCUCAUUUCAUGUCUUACCGUUGUGGGCAACCUCAUGAGCUUAGUGACACUCUUUUCCACCAAAUCACUUCGGAACUGUCACGGGUACUUGCUGAUCUCUCUCUCGCUCGCCGAUCUUUUCACCGGUCUUGUAGCGACUACAUCCAUUUACCCGACAAUCUUUAAGAAGUGGCCGCACGGAGAUCUUCUCUGUUUCUUGGUGGCAUCGGUCGAAGCGUCAACAAAGAAGAUAUCACCCCUGACGAUGACCGUGAUGAGUAUCGAGCGAUAUAUCGCGGUAGUGCAUCCCCUCCGUUACAGCCGUAUCGUCACCAAGAAACUAGUUCUGUUCAGCAUCGCCAUCGUCUGGUGCACCCCCAUUGUUUUCUACAUACCGCUCUUUCUGAAAGAGCAAAUAGCCUACAAGUUUGCCUUUCGACUCAGUUCAUGUACAGCAACCUACAUCGAUCAGGUGGUCAUUCUCCUACUGAACACGGUUAUAUUUGUUUUGUCCAGCAUGGUCACCAUCUGUGUUACUUCGUGUUUAGUAUGGAUGGCCUUCAAACAGAACGCCCGGAUGCGAUCGCUCCUGACAAGGAAGCAUGGGGGCCGUGCUACCCAGACGAAGAGGGCAAUCAAGUUUUUCCGGAUGACCCGCAUCAUGUGUUUUACCUUCUACUUUUGCUGGGCCCCUCACGUCACGGUUGGUAUCUUCAGCAUCUUGGCAAAGAAAAGGGUUCCAUGGAACGUCUACUUCGCGUUGUACUGGCUUCAUUGCUCCAACAGUUUCUGGAAUGUGGUUAUCUACUUCGCCAUGAACGACAUAUACAGACGCCGUUUUCUGAUCCUUGCUCGAUCUCCAAUUACCGUGUUCGCCCUGCUGUGCCGACGUAUAUAA